CCGGGUUGUGGGCGCCUGUGGUAAGGUAGAUGGCCAGUGACCACUCUCCUACUGCAGGGGGCGUAUGAUAAGAUAGCAACGUUACGUGCCAUCGCAGGGCAGCAGCAGUAAUACUUCUUUCACCCAUCCCGACAGCAACUCCUGUAUUGCUGCCCAUCCGAUCCCUCGAAUGUUGUCUCCCAGCGCCACGGCUCAUCAGGUCGCGUGCGCGCCGCUGGAAUGAGAAGACUAGCUGCUCGAUUGCUAACCCCAGCUGCACAUCCACGAUUGCGGGAAACGACCACCGUAUUACCAUCUCUUUCGAACAGCGCUUUCCAUGUCACGUCCGUCACGUCCGAUCUAUCAACACCAUGGCACCCCCGGCCUCGACUACCGCCAAAGCUGUUGCCGUCGCAGCAGCGGCAAAUAUCCCUGACGGGUCCGCUAUUCCAAGACUCGUCAACGCCCUCCAACGCAACCCGGUCGCCAGUCACCCACCCACCCCUGGAUGAAGUCGGCAGGCUCGACUCCGCCGUCUUUCCAAAACUACCCUUUCGCUUCGACACAGGCAUAGCGCUGUUUGCGAAGCGAGCCCCGCGCCCGUUCCCGCCUCCGUACCUCUCGCCGCCCUCCGGCUCGUUCAGCGAUCCGCUCAGCACGCACGACCGAAGCCGGGACCGGCGUCGGGCCUAUGUGGACGGGCAGCUGAUACAGGGUCUCACCAACGGCGAUGACGCCGUGUUUGCGAGCGAAUACUUCAUCGCCGCCAAUGACGGGGUGGGCGCCUGGAGCACGAGGCCAAGGGGUCACGCCGGGUUAUGGUCGCGGCUGAUCCUGCAUUUCUGGGCAACAGCCAUGUUCGAGGACGCCGCCCGCCAGGGGGACUCGUACCGCCCCGAUCCCCUUGCCUAUCUGCAGCGGGCGUACGAACAGACCAUCGAGGCUACGGGCCCGCCCAACGACUGGCAGGGCACGACGACGGCGGCCGGCGCGCAGCUGCACUACCGCCAUCGAACAUCCGACGAUAAUAACAGCAGCAGCGGCGGCGGCGGCAGCGGGGACGACAACACGGUCGAGCCCCUCCUGUACGUAACCAACCUGGGUGACUCGCAAGUCAUGGUGGUGCGCCCGGCGACGCGCGAGAUGGUGUACAAGUCGACGGAGCAGUGGCACUGGUUCGACUGCCCGCGGCAGCUGGGGACUAACAGUCCCGACACGCCGGCCAACUGCGCCGUGGUGGACGAGGUGCCCAUCCGCGAGGGCGACGUCGUGCUGGCCAUGUCGGACGGCGUGAUCGAUAACCUGUGGGGCCACGAGAUCGUGGAGAAGGUCUGCGAGAGCUUGGAGGCGUGGCGCGCUGGCAAGAUCCCCUCGAGACGGGAGUGCCUGGCGCCGGAUACGCAUAGCAAUAAUCGAGACGCCGGCGGCAUGCAGUAUGUCGCAGACGAACUGAUGGAGGCGGCGAGGGCCAUCGCCGUCGAUCCGUUUGCCGAGAGCCCCUUCAUGGAGCAUGCUAUUGAAGAAGGGCUGGCUAGUGCUGGCGGGAAACUCGACGAUAUCAGCGUUGUGGCAGCCAUCUGCAAGAGGAAUGAUGGCUGAUGGAGGUGAAAUAUGUACAAGCCAACUGGAGGGGUUAGAUGGUGAUCCUGAUGGGCCGAGAUUGCCGACAGGAGUCGGUAUGAGACUAGCUGUGUGAUUACUACACAGUAACUAAUACCUUGCUCCUAGAUAUAACGAGGGCUGUACAGGAGGUAUUCUUUUGAAUGUUAUGACGGGAUGGAUGCCCAGGGUUUUAUAUAGAAGGCGGCCGCAGGAGGCUCGGCUUCUAAUGGUUGCCGAGCACAGGUAAUAUGCGAGACGAGAGGCAUCCAACGUGAAAGUCCUAGGUGCACUGAAUCCCGAAUUGUGCAGCUUCUACAUCGUAUCUUAUACGCUCAGGGUAAACCAAGCAACCUACAUAGUAUCCACCACUGAGUUUCAAGAAAGAAAGCUUCAAGGCUCUUCUCGCUCUUCCAUCCUGAUAAUGUUAAGGC